AUGAACGUCAAGUUGGCCCUGGACAUUGAGAUUGCCACCUACUGCAAGCUGCUGGAAGGCGAGGAAAGCCGGCUGGAGUCUGGGAUGCAGAACAUGAGUAUCCAUACUAAGACCACCAGCGGCUUCUCAGGUGGCCUGAGCUCGACCUAUGGGGCCCUCCCAAGCCCUAGCCUCAACUAUGGCCUGAGCUCCUUUCAGUCCAGCUUUGGCCCCUCUGGGUCCUUCAGCCAUGGCAGCUCCUCCAAGGCUGUGGUGGUGAAGAAGAUUGAGACCCGUGACGGGAAGCUGGUGUCCGAGUCAUCUGAUGUCCUGUCCAAGUGA